CUUUUCAUUGAUCCAUUUUUAUUCCUUAUUUUGUUCCUCCCUUAAUAUAGGACUGACUCUAUCGCCAUAGUCCAUACCUGAACCUGAGAAUUCCACUUUAGUCCCCCAUCUGCGAAUCAUCUUGACUUCACUCUUUCAAGAGCACAAACAAGAAUUCCUUUCUUCGUCGUGUUUAGGAUCAGAAGAUUGACUUCACUUUGAUAUUACUUAAGUAGUUCGACAUUUUAUGCUUCAGAACCAUGUCAACCUUCAUCAAAACACGAAAAAUGGAUUCAAUAUUGGGCAAACGUGUUGGGAAGGCCGUUCUAGUGUCGGUCCUUUGGAAGCAGGCCAGCGACCCCGUACUUGCGGUACGCCCUGCAAAGCUAGACAUUGCUCGACAAAGUGUUCAGCCGCCUGCAAGAGGACGACGUGGAAACGGUGGAGACCAAGGUGGAAAAGGUGGGGGUAAAGGCCAGGGAAUGGCUGCUGGAAAGGCCGGCGGCAACGGGCAGGGUGCUGGCAAUGUUGGCCCGAAAGCACACCGGCAAGGCAGGGAGCCAGGACCCAGUGCACCGAAGCUGAAGGAACCCGCCGUUCAGAAGGCUUUGAGCUGGAAAAGGGGUGAGGCAGCUAAGGUAAAGAUUAAGUUGGAGUCAAUGUUGCGGGAUGUUGUUUCGGCAGAGCAGAAUCACUUGGCAGGGGACGAGAUGGAAUCAACACAACAAGCCGCUGAAGAUGCUGAAGAGCAGAAGCCUGCAUCAGAUGAAGAACUACGAAAUUUUGUGAAGAGAAAGUGUGAAGCACAUCCUUUAGACCCAAAGAUGCAAGAUGCUUUGAUAGAUGCAGAAGCAAAGAAGCAGACGCAAUUGCUAGCAACGCGCUAUGCUGACGAAUUGAUCACGAUGGGGCCGAAAGACCAGAGUGGCAUGUAUCCUGCGAUCUUGAAAUAUGUGGAGACGGAGGGACCCGAGGUGCUCCGCAAAUUGCGUUCGAUGCGGGACGAAGUCCUGACAGAGCAGGCACGUUUGCGAGAGCAGCCGCGGCCGCUACGUUUGGCGGAGUUCUUGGAUAAUCCGACUAGACCGGUAGUUGAGCCAAAGGAGCCCAACACCAAGAAGAAGCAAGGGGGACCAUGGGGAGAACCACCGCAACAGAUGGUCAUGGUUCCGAAGGAGCCGUCUAAGACUCAGCCGUUCCAGCUUGCACAACCAUUUGGAGGUAACUUUGCCGCCGCAUCCAGUACUGCUGCGGCUGCAUCCAGUCAUAGUAGUGGUUCUUCGCAUGGGUGGUCGUCGACCUCGCAAGCAACUCUUUCCGGAUCCGAAAUCUCUGAGGCUCAACAAAUACAGGCACUCGAACAGAUGUUUUCUCAGGACGCUUUUCGUGUGGUACCUACAAAAGGACUGACACCGAUCAGCAACUGGCAGUGGGAGCCUUCAUCUUCUGUGUCUACUCUAGCAACUGGCAGUGGAUCCAAGCCUGCAGGAGCUCAGAGGCAAACGGACCAGUUCCUUUCUGAUCAUGCCAUUCGUGCAAUUGAGGCUACGAUACAAUGGUAUGAGAAUUAUACUCCCAGUCAGCCAAUGUUCGGCAUGGAGUCAGCAGGUCCAAGUCUUCAUCCAAUAUUGUUCGAACGGAAAAUUUCCGGUAUGACCUGGAACCUCAUGGACACGGUCCGAUGGAGCCACAGAUGGGACAGCGCAGAUAAGGACACCUUCUCUUACGGCGCUGCGGACAUACUGACAGCACCUUUUCCAUUGGGAUUAGACGAAAAAGAACCGCCGAAGGCUUAUCAAGCACGGAAGAAAGCGCAAGUGGAAUAUUUGAUCAAAUACAUGCAAGAGAAAGAGCUAGACUUUGCCUUGCUACAAGAAGUUGACUUCGCUUUCGAGAAGGGGACGUAUUCCAAUUCCUAUUGUUUCAUCUUGUUUGGGUCUGUGUCUGUAAGUAGAUUUUUAUCUUUUUUUUUUGGACACUCUUAGGCAGUUUUAUGGUUUGACAAGUAAAAACUAAAACAAGUUUUGAAAUGAUUGUGGCUAUUUUAUUGAUAUUCUCCUUUACAUCCAUGUUGUUCUGUAUUAGUAAAAUUCCCAUGCAUUCAUUUUCAUCAGGUACGACUCCCGCAUGGAUUGGACGACGUUGCAGUUGUGGGAUAGAGCGUUGAGCAGUGCGGGUUAUUCGAUCAUUUCCGCGCAGCCACCCUGCAAGAAGCAUCUGGCUAUUGUAUACAACCGAAACACGCUCAAGCCUGUGGAUCUUGGGGCGACGCUGACCUGCGACGGAAAUACAGCAUGGAGCUUUUUCGAACUGCUUGGGAAUACAAUGCCUAGCGCGGUUGGUGGUCUAGUUGAGCUGCGGACGAUGCAUUUGGAUUUCAAUUACGGAAAUUGAACAAGAAGUUGACUCCGUCAUUCGUUCUAAUCAAUCUCGCGACUGGACAACUCUCUCUCUCUAUUAUCAGCAAGACUGUGAGUCGUCUUUUUAGCUGGUACAAACUGCCAAAAGUGUAUAUCUCGAAAGAUAUUACCGCAAAGUAGAUAAUCCAAGUUUCUACAACAUAUCAAUGGACAUGCUCUAAUGCACAUCAAAUCCGGCAAAGCUAAAGAAGGAUAUGACGAAGUCUCUUCUUGCUCGGGCACAAGAGGGCGUCAUCUUACGGAUUUUUGGAGGCGACACUAACCAUCCCGUGGAAUCGGAAAUGCCUGAACAUGCCGUAGGUCUGCGACAAGAAAGCAGCUCCUUGAAUAAGAUUCUUCGAUGUGGGAACGAAGAGGGAGUGAAGCCAUCCUGUAGGAAUGCGCGUUUGGGCCCGAAAGCGAUUGUUCUGGAUGAAAUAGUCAUGUCUUCUGAACAUGAGCUAGACGAGUUAAGGGUGGACACUGCUCUAAUAAAGGGACGUCACUAGUCUCCUAGUCUCUAAUAAAGGGACGUCACUAGUCUCUAAUAAAGGGGGUGUCACUACCGUCCCUAGCUCUUUUCCCAGUACUAGCCAAGGAUGUUCUGAGGAAUGUAAUUCCGUAGCCUCUGCUCUAAUACUAGAGGAACGUCACCUGAUGGCGGACGAGGGUCAUUAUUCUCAGCAGUUUUUUUCAACACGAGGCUACUCAAGUGGCGUGGGGCCACUAGGUCAACAUUAUGCACCGUCAUCAUCUUUAGCAAGUGGAGGAGGUGGAGCAGGAGUCGAUUACAGAAUCGUGCCGAUGGAGUAUGACGCGUUUUUUAUGACCGUAAUGCCAGGUUAUUCUGGCUGGGUGCGGAGUUUGGGCGGCCAGGCGUGGCAUCAGGAUGGACAUUAUGUUGGAAGUCUGAUAAUACAUACAUUUGCCUCCCUAGCUUCGACCCUACUAAUCAGAUGCGCCUAUUGUUAAGUAGGAGCAGUAAUUACAGAGUUGCAUUGAAAUCUGAAGUGAUCGUUUUUUUCGACGAUACUUUUGUAUCAUGUACGUAGUACAUGACCACUAUGAAAAUGGCUGUUCGUUGUUGUUCGACCUAAGUAAGUUUUAUGGUUUGAUAAUGACAUGGACAUGCUCUGGCUCAUCCUCGUGCAGGAGACCUUCACCUCUAAUCCCCAAAACUGGUCUUGGAUUAUCUCGAACCUGAACUGGACCUCAGCGAAAUUCAAAGCUCCGAUCCUCAACAAACCUCUGAUGCGUUUGGCUCCGCGACUCGUUGGUUACGUGUCCCAGAUCAAGAUGCAGACUUGUGGGCUUAUCUGCUGAAGAAGCCAUGGAAAUUGGAGCAAAAGUCAAGACCGAGCAGUGAGGUUGCAACAUCACAAGUCACUGCAGAAGAGCAUCGGUUGUUAGCCCAAAUUUUGAAAGGAGCGUCGGAGCAAGAACGGAGUGUGCUUGCGCGUUUGAUGAAAUAGCUCUAGUAUCGAUAAAGGUAGUACAUCUGAAGGCGCACUUGUUCUAGCGGACUCGGAUGCAGUACGAAAAUUUUUUUGUUUUAGACUGUUAUGCUUAUCGUUUGGUACUGGCACUAUGCUGUGCAUAAUCUUCUUUCCCCUCUUGGCAAUCUGCACGCACAGACUUAUUUUUCGAAAUUCCUUACAUCUGAGGAAAUACGAAUGAUACUACUCUUACAUCGGGGAAACAACUUAUAAUUCCUACAGUCUAGCAAGCUUUCUUGAAGGAACUGCAUAGAUUCACACUGUCUUUAACGUUUAUAGGGGAACUCUGAGUUAUUUCUGAGUUUUGAGUUGUGUUUACGUUUAUGAAGUGCUAAUUUCUGUAGAGAGAUAGGUGUGUUUACGAUUAAGCUUGUAUAUUUUCGUCAGUUUGCAUUUCCUGCUGAGUAUUGUAUGUGCUAUUUUCCAAUGAUAAAAAAUGAUUGGCCAGACCUUACCUUUGUAGGCACAGGGAACAGCGUAUGCAGCUUGUACUAUUCUAAGAGAGUGAGUAAGUAGGUAAAAUCGAAAUAACAGAUAAUCUUUCUGAUUGAUUUACUAAACAAAUGUUGUAGGCGGGAAACGACGGGGAAGGGUAGUGCCAGGCUGUAAGUAGUAUCGGAAUUCUCGCCGCUUCAGGGACUGCGUCCAACAGUUUCAAGUCUGGCAAGGCGCAUGCUCUUUGCAUGAACCACAUGAACGGCCCCAAUGCGGGUACGUGCUAACAGAUAUGGGGGACCCGUGCGCGCCGUUCGCGAGAUUCCUACAUAUGUAGCCAAAGAAGCAGAGGAGUGUCGAGUUAGAUUAGCUUUCAAUCGCGUGGGUGGAAGCAUUCACUCUGUUGAACCAUCACAGCGAGUCAGGGCCUAGGUCACGCACAUGAGAAUCCUGAUUCCCAACGAGAAUACCGUAGUACCAUCCUGAAUACUAUGCCGGAGAAAUCUGAGUACCGACCGC